AUGUCACAUAGUAUUAAAUUGAAAAACGGGAGGAGAACGUUUAGUGUUAUAAGUAAUUUUCACGAACAGGAGGUCUAUGCACCAAUUAGAAGAUGGAACCGGGUUAUUUUUUUAAUCCAUGGAUUUCCAGAUGACAAUACGUCCUUUAGUAAAGUGAUUCCAAUUCUUGAAGAGAAUUUCCCAAAAGCACUUAUACUUGCACCAUUACUUCGAGGGUACGAGGAGUCGAGUCAAGGACCGGAAGGAGAAUACACUGUUGGAGAAAUAGCCAAGGAUGUUAAAAGCUGGAUUAAUGAAGUAUUACCGGUGAAGAAUUUACCGGUUCAUUUGGUUGGACAUGAUUGGGGAGCUAUAAUUGCAUUCAAAGUUGCAAGUGUAUAUCCGGAGCUUGUUGAUUCAAUGGUUACGUUGGCAAUACCAUACUUGAGUAAUCUUCGAAUUUGGGAAUAUUUAUUUAAGAUUCCUUUACAAUUGUAUAAAUCGAGUUAUUUUUUAACGAUGCAAAGUGAAUAUCUUUAUAAGAAAUUGAGGCAAACUGGAGAAGAUACUUAUCUUGAUUAUUUAUGGAGAUAUUGGUCACCUAAUUAUGAGUAUUCCCGGCAAGAAAUCGACCAAGUAAGAAGCACGUUAUUAAAGCCGGGAGUACUUGAAGCAUCCACUGCAUAUUACCGGUGCUUAUUUAAGAUUUUGAAUUUUGAUGGACGUCGAUGGAAUGUUAAUUUUGAACAAGUGCCCACGUUAAUAUUGGGGGGUGAAACGGAUGGGUGUAUGAUCAAGUCGGUUUAUGAUUUGGAGGCUGAAAAAUUAGCACAAACAAAACUGGUUAAAGUGCAAACCAUGAACCGGGUUGGUCAUUUUUUACAUCGGGAGGAUCCCGUCAAGGUUGCAGAAGCCAUAGUUGAAUGGAUUAGAUACAAUAAGUAG